CUGCCUUGCACGCUCAUGUCAAUGACGCCUCUAGCUGCUCAUGCAUGCCUAUUAGGCUGAACUUGUGAUUGGUGGACAUGCGAGUAUUGUCAAAGUCAACAGUAGCUACUACCUAACUGCUGAAAAACUUUUCUUGUCCCCAAUGGCAACAAGUUGGGCCUCCACUUGCAGGGGCGGCUGCGGUUGCUUGCUGCGGGAGUCUCCAGAGCUUGACAGCUCUUGCGCAACCAACAGCCGCACCUGUCCGCUUUGGAGUAGCAGCACCACUCUGAGAAUGCCUGCCGCCUGCGAUAUAAGGUUCAAUGCCGGCAGGAUGGCUGAGGUUUUUCGGCAGAGGACUGGGGGCAGAAGAUUUGGGGAACUUCGUUUGAGGACGCAUCCUGGUAGCGUGUUUGUUGUCACGGUCCCAAAUUGGGGCAGCAGUCAGGUUACGCACUCCAGACGCCAUGCCCCCAUCCGCUGUGCCGUCCAGUCCGACCAAUCCCCCAGCACUUUCCAAGAGCGCUACGGCGCCGACACGUCCGAAAGCAGAACCAGCACUUCCGACGCCAGCGACCGCUGGGGCAAGGGUACUCGUUUCUAUGUUCCUGAAAGACCCCCCUUAGACCUAACCAAAAUGCAUGGUUUCAUGCCCCGGUUGGGGUUAGAGGGCGGGCACGAGUUUCCGGGGGGGGUGAUGAAGAAGAAAAAGCAAAAGGGGCUGAGCGAUCAGCAGCGGAGGGCAAGGAGGAGGGAGACGAGGGCAAAGAAUGUGGCGGACCGGAGGAGGGAAACGCAAAUGCUGCCACCGCCGCCAGAGUUUACUGACGAGGAAAAGGAGCGGGUGCGCGAGGCUGCACAGAUGGUGGUCAAGGGCAUGGUCAUCGUGUGGCAGUACCUGCCCGUCCUGCUGUACCACCUCCCCGUCCAGGUCUGCCGCCACUGCACCGAGCUCCACGUUGGCCCCAACGGUCACUCCGUUCGCUCCUGCCGUGGGAUUGGCAGCGAAGCGCGUCAAGCGGCCCACGAGUGGAGACGAGCGCGAUUCGAAGACAUUCUCCCGAUCUCGGAGGCGUUUCAUUUGUGGCGGAGGGACGCACCGCCGCCGUCGCAUAAGCUCCAGGCGCAGUGGGGGCGCGUGCCGGCAGUCAUGGAGCUGUGCUUCCAGGCUGGAGCGGACGUUCCAGGUCUUGUCUCCUCGGCAGUCGAACAAGCAACCGGCCUCCAUCCAACAACCCGGUUGAAGAUACUCGGCAUCUCAAAACGCGCCUUAGAACGCCCCGAGUCGGAGAACGAUGUCGUCGCAUACCCGAACGACGCGGUCGAGGUGAUAAACGAGGCGCGGGAGGUUUUGGGUUUUCCGGAGGAGCGCCCACCGGGGCCGCACGACGACGUGCAGAAGGUGAAGCGGAAACCGAAGCUGUCGUUCAUGCUGGAUGAGUUUCGGUACCUGGUUAAGGGGGACGUGGAGAAGCAGAGGGAGAAGGACCGGGCGCGUUUGUCGGACCCCGAGUUUUUGAGGCGGCUAGAGGCGGCGAAACGGGCCGGGGGGGAACUGGAAAGGGAGAUUGAUGGGGGGGAGAACGGUAGCCCCCGGAUGGGGGGUGCAAUUGAGGGCGAAACUGAGGGGGGGGGUUUUGGUGAGUUGGAACAUUCGCGUCGCGAUGGAGAAUUCGAUGGCGAUGAGGCGGGUACGUCUGGUAAGACGCGACGCUUUUGGCAGGAGACCGAGGAGGAACGGGUUUGGAGGCUGGUUAGCGAGCGGGUUAAGAACGAGCAGAGGUCGUAUCUGGCGCAACUGGCGGGGUUUGAGGGCGAAGAUGGUUUGGGUCAGGACGGGGAGGGUUUGGAUGACGACUCUGCAUCUGAGGAGGAGGAGGGAGGGGAGGAAAGCGCUGACGUGGUUUCGGCUGAGCGGACGUCAGACGGCGGCGAAGUUUCGAACCAUUACGGGGAAGAUUCGGACGGAGACUUGGACGGGGGAGAUUGGAACGGCGAUGCUGUGGGCGGGAAGGAUUCGGACGGGGAAAAUCUAGGCGGGGAGAAUUCGGACGAUGAAGAUUCAGACGACGAUUUUUCGGACUACGACGACGAGGAGUUGGAAGCCGAGCGGGCGUACACGUUGCAUCAUUCCGCCGAGCUAGAAACUAGUCGGAACUCGCUUCCGGCAGAUGUGGCGAGCAGCGGUGCCGCCACCUCCGUGUCGGAAAGCACGAGCGGAGCCUCGCCUGGGCCCUCGAACGCCGCCGACGUCAGCAAGCCCUCUCCUUCGCUCGGCGUCGGCGAGGGCGGAUCCCACGACGGCUCCCAGGAGGGGGAUCCCUCAAGUAGCCAGCAGGAGGGGAAUCCCCCGACCGGCCCGCUCGUCAGCCGGAUUGCCUGGCGCAAGUCCCCGGAGCGUCGCGCGCUGCGGCGGGCGCGGCGGGCGGCCCGGGAGAAGGUAUAUGCCGAGACGGUGCAGGGGUCGCUGUCGUUGCGCCAGGUGGCGGAGAACGUGCUGCUCGCGCGGCAGGUCGUGGUGGACAAUCUGCCGGAGAUACUGCAGUGGUACGACGCGCUUGGGUGUCGCUUCUGCUCCGAGGUUCACGUCGGUCCGAGGGGGCACCGCGUGCGCACCUGCCGGGGUCGGCAGCACCCCCAUAGAAAGGGCGCCCACGACUGGCGGCCCGCCGGCCAGGACGAGCUUUUUCCCCCCCUGGAAACGUACCACAUGGACGAUGUGAAUGCGCUCCCCCCGCAGCACCUGGAGAUCUACCCCCUGAAAGAGUUCGAUCCGGAGGGAAACUUUUUGUUUCGGCAUGAGCCGGAGCGCAAGUGGACGCGGUGGCCUGUGAUUGUGGAGAUGUGCGUGCAGGCGGGUGCGCAAGCCCCGGAGGAGUUUCUGGAGCGCACCAACGAGUUUGAGCGCAUGUACAUCGAGCAAGGGAAGGUGAUGCACCGGGACCAGUUCACACAGCUCUACAACAUGCUGGGGUACGAGGCGCCCCACGGAGACGACGCGUGGUCCGAGGACGGGCCCAAGAAUGUGAGUAAGCCCGCUUACGUCAUCCCGGGGCGGGAGAUGCCAAGCCGGCUGGGAGGCACGCGACACAUCAGAAAGGAGGGGGCGACGUUCGAGUACCAGGUUGUAGACCGGUGGGUUAGGGCCGGGUUAAGGUACGACGACUAUGAGGGGUUGGAGGAGGUUAGCGGGGAAGGUUUGGAAAGGGUUAGUGUUGACGGGGCGGGGGUGAGAGCAGAGAGAGAAGAUCCGAAGGUGCUCGUGUAUAACGGGAUUGAGUUGCAGGCGAAGCGGGACGGGUUGCGGCAGGUGCCGCGGACGAACAUCAUCCGAUUGAUGGAGAGAAUCAAGGCGGAGAAAGAGGUGGGGGCGGAAAACGGAACGGAGGCGGGCGAGACUGCUAAUGGUUUGGUGGGAGAAGCGCUUUCGGAAGUCGGUAGCGACGAGAGCGGUCCAAGAAGUGACGUUCCGCUCGAAAGGUUAGAAGCAGGUGUUAUGGGCAGGGAAAGUCGAUCAAACGGUGCCGCUCCCCUUCCGGGAGGUUUCCUUCCCUUUCCUGCCAUCGGAGUUCUGCGAAGGGCGACCAAGAUGGCGAAAAUCAAGGUGGCGGUCGCCCUCCUGGGGCUGCUCAUGGCGUCCUGCCUGGCGGUCCAGGUCUUUGCCGACGCGUGGACCGCGGCCGGCGAGGAAGAGACCAGGCCUUCCUUGGGCGAUGUGUUUGAAGAGGACCUCGUCGAGGGUGCCCACAGGGACCUGCUGUGGGAGAAGCGCGGCAAGGAGAAUGAGCGCUACAAGAAGAAGGACCGUCACGACGACAAGAAGGACCGCUACGACGACAAGAAGGACCGCUACGAAGACAAGAAGGACCGCUACGAUGACAACAAGGACCGCAAGAACAAGAGGCGCGACGACGGCAAAGACGGCAGACAUCUUCUGUCAGAGAGGAAGGAGCACGAAGAGAAGAGCAGCUACGACAACAAGGAGAACCGCUACGACAACAACAAGGACCGCAACGAGAACAAGGACCGCAAGGAGAAGAGGCGCGAGAAGCGCUACGGAAAUGAGGACCGCAAGGAGAACCGUGACGAGAACAAGGACCGCGAGGAGAAGAAGUACCGCCCCGAGAAGAAGCGCGAUGAGAAGAAGAAGCGCGACAACGAGGGCAGACACCUGCUGGGGGAGGAGUAUAAAUACCGCGAGGAGAAGAACGGCUACGACGACAAGAAUCGCGACGGGAAGAAGCGCGACGGAAACAAGGAGCGCGACGGGAAGAAGCGCCACGAAAACAAGGAGCGCGACGGGAAGAAGCGCAACGAGAACAAGAAACGUGACGACAAGAGGCGCCGUAAGCACUUGGUCCUUCUGUAG